AUGGAUGGUGCACACAAGAAUGAACAACAGGAUGUUAGCAGAGUGCCACGAGAGAUGGAAACAAAUAACGUAGGACUAAAGAAUAAUGAUAAUGACAAGAAAGAAAAGAAAGAGAAAAAGGAGAAAAAAGACAAAAAAGAGAAAAAAGAAAACAGUGAAAUGAAAUUUCAGACAUGUAGUCAACAAUUGAAUAGCGAAAAUAUUAAAAUACAUAAUUCACAUUAUGGAAUUAUGUCCACAUCAAAUUCUAGUAUGAUGAGUAGUGAUUCAACUAAAAUAAACAAAGAAAUGAGUAAAAGUGUAAACUCAGACAUCAGUUGUAAUUAUAAGUAUAACUUGAAUAAAACCAUUAGCAAUAAAAGUAAUGAAAAUAACAGAACACAUUCUCAUCUCAGUGAUGUUAAAAUUAAUAAAAAUAAGUCUGUCAAUCGAAGUAUAUGUAAUUUCGAGGAAACAAAAGGGGGAUCAGUUUCGAAUGAAGUUUGUGUAAUACCGACUUCUAGUAACACAACGGAAGGUUCAAGUUAUGUUAAAAUGAGUAAUACAUUAGGAAACAAAAAUAAUUUAUGUGAAAACAAGAAUGAACAUGUGUUUAUGAAUACCAUUAAAGGUGUGGACUACCUUGGUGAUUUAAGCUGGAGGGAAAAGGCCAUAAGUACAGGUAAUAAUUUUAACCGUGGAUACAGGAGUAAUUAUAGCGGAAGCACAAUUAUGAGUGGAAAUAAUAGCUGUAAACAUUUAAGUGUAAUGAAUAGAAUGCAAAGUUUGAAUAAUCAAAGCGCAACGUUUGAGAAGGAGCACAUUUAUUUGAAUGGUUAUGCAGGAUGCACGCAGGAAGGUGUGAGUAAAUACAGAAAUAAUAUGAAAACUCAAGAGGAAAAAUUUAAGACAAAAUUAAACUGUACAAAUAUUACCAACUUGAAGAAAGGGAUUGAAGUUAGCAACAUGAAUAGUGUACUUAUUAAAAACGAUAAUUUGAAGAAGAAGGCAAAAAAUAUGGAUCUUUUAGCAGGUAAAGGAAUUAAUGGAAAUUCUGAAAAUUUAUUUGCCAAUUUGAAAAUAAUGGAUAUUGAUAACUCAAGAAAAGAUGAUGAUGUAAUGAGGGAAAAAAACAAUUUGGAAUUGUUUAAUUAUGAGAAGGAUGAUAACUUUGAAAGGGAAACUUCAAAUCUUCGAGUUAAGAAAAAAGAACACGACAUGCCUUUUUCUGAUAAUAGUGCUAUCCCAACUGUAGUGACUACUUCGACUAGUACAGCGGCAGAUAUCACGCAUCUUUCCAGUAGCAAUAUGAAUUGGAAAGGGAUGAAAAAUAAUAUAAGAGUUACAACAACUGAGAAUAACAAUAUCUGCAAAGGAAAUGACAUGAAUUAUGAGGAAAUGUGGAGGUACAACACAAACCGUGAUGACCAUACAAAAUUGUCAAGCAACACCAAGAGUAGUCUUGUCUCAAAUAUGAAAAAGCAUUUUCCGUGGCCCAUAAACAGUAGCCCCAAGGGAAACAUCAAUUGCAAGAGCAGCGGAAAUGGAAGUAUUAAUAAUAAUAGCAACAGAAAUAACAGCAGCAGAAAUAGCAGCAGCAGAAAUAACAGCAGCAGAAAUAGCAGCAGCAGAAAUAACAGCAGCAGAAAUAGCAGCAGCAGAAAUAACAGCAGCAGAAAUAACAGCAGUAAGUGUGAUAGCAACAACAGGAGUAGCACAAGUGGUAACGAUCAUGCAAACGACAAAAUGAGCUAUGAGAAGGAUUUUUUAACCAAUAAGAAACCCCAUGAAAAAGACCUUAAUAGUAAGGACAUGAAGUAUUCUUCUCUUUUCAUUCACCAAAAUAGUAUAGGGAAUGAUAAUGAUAUCAAUCAAGAGUAUGGUAUGAUGGAGAGUGCAAAUGGAGUGAUGCAAAAUAUUAGUGUAAAUAAUGAAACACACUUUAAAGGUAAUGCUUUAAUGAAGGGAAAUUUUUUAAAUUCUUUAGAUAGCAUGAACUACAAGGAUAACAAAUUAGACACGACUACAUCCAAAAUGAGUACGCCUAUAAAAAGACAAGAAGAAUUAACAAAUAAUCAGAGUGAUAAUUUAAAAUUUAAUUCUAAUGAUUGUUUCUUUCAUCCGAAUAAUUAUAAUAUAGUAAAGGAUGAAUUGAAUAAUGAUUAUGCUGAAUUGAUGGAAACAAAUUUUAAAAGUGCAAAUAGCGGUGUAGAACUUAAUGUAAAAUGUAUGAAACCUAGUUAUGCGACAACUGACAGUAGCAUAUAUACAAUAAAUAACAUAAUGAACAUGAACAAAAAUGUAGAUGAAGAAAAUGAUGAUUUAGGAUUAAAUGUUAGUUAUUAUGAUAAUGAAAAUGUGGAUGAGAGUAACAGAAAUGGUGAUGAUGGUAUCGUUGAGUCUUUUAAUUAUGAUACGGAGACACAUAGGAAUUGUGAAAGGGUUAUUGAAUUGUGUAAUUGUGAUGAAGAUAUCCACUUGAAUUAUGAGGAAGAUACACUUCUGAAUCAUGAUGAUGACAUAUUCAGUAAAAAUAUUUUGAAUCUGAAUGUGAAAGAUGAUGAUCUUGGUAAUAUGAGCUAUUUUGAGAAAAGUUCCGAAUUCGAGGAGAAUGUUACACAAUUACAAAAAGAUUUAGAUAUACCAAGCAGCUUAAACAACAUGAAUAGUAAGAUGGCCAUCCUAAACACUGAUGAUUCUGAUGAAAAUGACUUGAAGUACCAACAAAUGAAUGAGAUAUUUUCUGUCAGAGGGAAAUAUGGGAUCCCUUACCAGAGUAAGGACUCAGAUUACUCGUUCUAUGAAAAUAAUCCUUUAGGAAGAGCUUUUAAUUUCGAUCACAGUAUUAGUAGCAGUAGUUGCAAUAUUGGUGUAAAUUCGAAUAUUGUUCGUAGUGGUUAUAAUAAUGCAUUACCCAGCCAUUUCUAUAACACAGUAAGAAAUUUAUACAAUAAAGGAAAUUAUAAUAUAUCAUUUCAGAAUAAUGAAGAAUAUAAUAAUAUCAUGAAAAAGAACAUAAAUGAUAAUAAAAUGUUAUUCACGAAUAAUCCAAAUAUGAACCUAAAUAUUGGAAGUUCUGAUUUUAUCAAAUGCAUAAAAAGUGCAAAUGGAGAAAGCACAUGUGGAAGAAAUAAUGAUACUGUUAAUAGCAAUUUAAUUAGCGAAGAAAAUAACAUUUGUAAUAAUGACUACACUUUAAUUGAUGACAAUAAUUUAGGAUUGUCCAAUAUAGAAAAUUCAGUUGAAAAUAAUGGAAUUUCCAUGACUAGUAAAAACAGAAUACUCAAUGCAUGCAUGAAUGAGAAUUUUCAAAGCAUUAGUGAAAGCAAUUUUUCGCAUAGCAAAAAGAAGUGUACAUAUACAGGAAAUUACGUGGAUGAUGAAAUUGAUUCUGUUACUCAUGUAGGACUUGAACACUCAGAUAAGAAUCUCUCCAAUGGUAGUUAUUCUAUGAAUAUGACAAAAAAAAAAGGUGCGGAAUUAUCAAUCCCAAAUAACGGCACACAGCAUAUGUCCCUAGGCACUAAGACAAACAUGAACAUGCAAAUGUUGAUUGAAAGUAGCUUUACACAUAGUGGCAAAAAAGUGGAAAACAUCGCAAAGGUGAUUAAAGAGACUAACGCUGAUGAUCAGAUUAGUGGUGAUAUGACUGUUGAAUCGAUAACUGGAAUGUCCUUGAAAAAUUGCAUUAAAGGGAAUAGAAGCACCAGUAAUAUCAUUAAAGAGGGAGAUAAUACUACUCAAUCCAAUCAGAGAAAUGAGAAUGAAACAGAUUCUAGUAGUAACAGUAUUUUUUGCAAGAACGAGCAAGAUAUGAAAAUAAAGAACAAUGACAAUAUGGCUCCAAAAAAUUCCUGUAAUAUGAGCGAUGACAGCACGAAUAGCACAAACAGCAACAGAAGCAACGAAAGCCAUAAAAGUUGUAAUAAUGCAAUUGCUGAUGAGAAUAUUAAAAACAUUAACCAGAAUUGCUGUAAUGCUUAUAAGGAUUAUGGAAACAAUAUGGGUGGGGAAGGCACGGAAAAUAUAGAAUGUGCUGAAAAUAGGAAAAGUUUUAACAUACCAGAUUACAAUUCGGAAAUAUUGAAUUAUGAGGACAUUAAGUUUGACAACUAUUCGUUUAAAAGUGAAAUUCCGUCAAAUGAAAAAUUAAAAAAUAACACUUUCUUGCAACAGACCUCCAGUAAUUUGCAGAAUAGUAAAUUUAAUGCCUGCGCAAAUAAUACCUUUAUAAAUAGCAUAUUUAACAUGAAGCGUAAAGACAGCAAUAGUGAAAGGAAUUAUUCACAAGAGAUACUUAACCAAGCCCCUUUAAAUAUCAACAUGAAAUAUAACAAUAAUAAUACAACUAUGAAUUGUAACAACUUUAAUGCCAGUUCAAAUAAUAUGAAUAACGUUAUAAAUAUGAAUCGAAAUUUGUUAAACACAGCCACUUCUCAUAAUGAUUCAGUAUACCAUUCAAGUUUAAAAAAAAAAAAUGAAUUCUCUUAUUUUCUCAUGAGCAACAACCCUUUAGAUAAUAAUAACAGGAUAAAUUCGAUGACAAAUGACCAGGAACAUACAGAAAUGACUAACCCAAGUUUGUACUUCAGUCAACAGAAUAUAAAAAAUGAUUAUCAAAUAAAAACAAAGCACAUGGACGCGAUUCCUAGUAAUGUAAAUAACGAAGAAAAUGACAAAAUAACGUUUCAUAUGGGAAACAAGAUAGACAACUUUGGUAUGAAAAAGGAAAAUGACAUAUAUCAACAGGUUGUUUGCCCUAGCAAAAAUGAAUAUCAUCCCCCAAAUCAUGAACAAAAUAAUAUACAUAAAAAUAUAGCGAACAGAGAAAAUAAAAAUGAUAACAUAAGGAAAGAUGCUAAUAAUAAAUACCUUUGUGACUUAAUAAAUGAUUUUCAUGAAGAAGAUGACAAUAGCAGAAAUUUGAACAUUGUUGACAAAAAUGAGUGCAUGUUUAGAAAUAUAGAAGAGGACAUAUUUAAAGAAGUUAGCAGUGCACAGAAUGACGAAAUGAAGUAUGGUGCCUUGAGUAGCUUGUUGAUUAACAAUAUAAAUAGCGACAUGUGUGGUGGUAUAAAAAACAACGGUAUAAAUUUGGGCGAAAAUGUCGGAUCUGAUAUACCCCUGAAUAUGUUUUCGAAUAACUGUCCCAAUAUGAACGUAAAUAUAUGCGAUAACUUAGUGGACAAUGAACAUUUUAAUGAUAAUUUAGGUGGUAGCAUGAAUCUUUUAGAAAAUGACGUUGAUUAUAUUCAUGAUGAAAAUGAAGAAUUCGAGAACCAUUCAAAAUCUGCUAUGAAAGGUGACAAAAUUAUGGAGCUACAGAAUAUUAUAAAUAGUCUCAAGUUUAAAAAUAAACAACUGGAAAAGGAAUUAACUGAGGUGAAAAAUAUGCAUUUGAAGAAAAAACAAAACCAUAUAUUAAAUAGCCUAAGUAAUAAAAUUUACGAUAUUAGUAGCUAUUCAACAUAUAAUGAGGAUACAAAUAAUUCAGAUUGUGAGAGUGCUGAUAACUCGAAUAAACACAUAAAAAACAUUUUAAAUGACAAGGAGAAGUACAAUUAUGACACCAAAAUAUCAAUUCAGAAAUUUCAUUUAGCAUAUACAAAUAACUCAAUUGGUAAAUUAAAAAUAGCUGCACAGAGAGAUAUUAGUGGUUCUUUUAUGGGUCCAAAGGGUAUACAUGUUAAAACGAUAAAAUCUUCUCUACAUAUUUCAGUAUACAAAAGUGCAAAGGAUGUUUGGUUUCCUGGGUUUGCUGAUAGUCAUGUAUUUUUAUUAAAAGGAAAUAUAUUUGGUAUUUUAAGAGCAUGCCAAUUGUUGUAUCAUUAUGUAAAAUCGAAAAUGUCUUCAUCAAAAUGUUGUAUAUAUUUAGUUGCUCCAUUCGAAUGUGUGCAAAAACUACUGGCUGAUGGAUGUAAAAGAAUGGCAAUUAUAAAGGAGGAAUGCGGAGCAGAUGUUCGAUUGGGAAAUUUGUAUGUACAGGUUCAUGAAGGUUUUACCGAAAGAUUAAUGGAAAUACGAGGAAAUGAGGUUAGUGUGGACUGUGCUUUGGAAAAAUUGGUAAUUUUUAUGCAGUCCUGCUUUUCUGUGCAAUCUUAUGAUUACGAGCUUCUCAAAUAUCCCUGCCGCUCAGUGUUGAAUUUGCAAUGA